ACGGCUAUAACUCUUAACGGGACGUUACCAUGGCAGAAUAAAGUAAGGAGGAGUAUAAAAUCAGGGAAAGUCGGUGAAUGCAACUCAGUCAUUGGCAGAUCAGCAAGGGUGCAGCGCUGAACGGCACAAUGAAGUUGUUGGUCCUGGCUUUAACCGUCACCCUGCUGUUUGCAGCCGGUGAAGCUCUGCAGUGCCAUCGCUGCAUCCCAAAAAAGGCUGGACAGGACUGUGAGCUCACCGUGGAGACAUGUAAACCAUGGAAGGAUGGCUGCGCUUCCGCCAACUUCCUCAGGCCACCAGGUGGUCAUUACCAGAAAUGCAUGGCCCUGUCAGACUGCACGCUGCUGAAGCUCAACGCCUACAUUGACAUGAACUGCUGCUCCGAAGACUUUUGCAACACCUUAUAAUUCCUAAUGAAGAGAAAUUCUGAAGCCCUGCAGCAAAAGCCGAACGGGAAAUAAAGCCCCAAUGGCUCCACAUCAGAAUGAAUGUAUGAACAUACAAAAGCAGCUUUUUUUAGAAAGAUGUAGUCUGCAAUUUCCUAUCCCUGCUAAUUAAAUAAGUCCGGAAAAGAG